GAAAUAGUAAUUUUUUUUUCUUUCCCCUGACUUAGAAUAUGAUGCAUGUGUGCGUUUCCGUGGUUUGACCGGCCCGCUAACCUACAGCUCUCUUCCCUAAUCUUUUUUAUUUUGCCCCAUUUUCAUUUUCCUUCAUUCAAUUUGAGUAAUUCUCUCUCUUUUAUUUCCUCAGCAGCCAUCACCAAUUCCCAACACACCUAGUACUACCUACCCUUCUCUUUCAUCAUCUCUUUCAUUAUCAGAUUCAUAGUAACCAAAUUCUGUUACUACCAGAAAAAAAAAAAAAAGUACUCUCUGUAUCACAGUCAGUUAUUUUAGCUUCAGUUUCAGAUCACUUUUCAGUUUUUCCAUACAAAACCAAAAAUCAAUAUCCCUCGUCAUCAUCAUCAUGAGUACUGAUAGUGAAGAACGAGUUCCGAUCCACACAAAUCAUCGUCGAUUACCAGAUUUUCUCCAAACCGUAAAUCUGAAAUACGUUAAACUAGGUUACCAUUACCUAAUCACACAUCUAUUAACACUAUGCUUAAUCCCUCUUAUGUCAGUAAUCAUAAUCCAAGUUUCUCAAAUGAAUCCAAACGAUAUUCACCAACUUUGGCUUCAUCUUAAAUACAAUCUCGUAAGUGUCAUUACUUGUUCCACUUUUCUUGUUUUCGGAUCCACCGUUUACAUCAUGACCCGACCCAGAUCCAUUUACUUGAUCGAUUUUUCUUGUUAUAAACCACCUUCAAAUCUUUCUGUUAAAUUCACUAAAUUCAUUCAACAUUCAAAACUCAAAGGUGAUUUCGAUGAAUCUAGUUUGGAAUUUCAGCGGAAGAUUCUAGAACGUUCUGGUCUUGGUGAACAAACUUAUUUACCUGAAGCUAUGCAUAAGAUUCCACCAACACCUUCUAUGGCUUCUGCUAGAGAAGAAGCUGAACAGGUUAUGUAUGGUGCUUUAGAUAAUCUUUUUGCUAAUACCAAAAUUAAGCCUAAAGAAAUUGGUAUUCUUGUUGUUAAUUGUAGUUUGUUUAAUCCAACACCUUCACUUUCAGCUAUGAUUGUUAACAAGUAUAAAUUACGCGGUAACAUUCGUAGUUUUAAUCUCGGUGGUAUGGGUUGUAGUGCUGGUGUUAUAGCAAUUGAUCUUGCUAAAGACAUGCUUCAAGUUCAUAGGAAUACUUAUGCUGUUGUUGUAAGCACUGAGAAUAUUACUCAGAAUUGGUAUUUUGGUAAUAAGAAAUCUAUGUUGAUACCUAAUUGUUUGUUUCGUGUUGGUGGCGCCGCUGUUUUGCUUUCGAACAAAGGAUGUGAUAAAAGAAAAGCUAAGUAUAAGCUAGUGCAUGUUGUGAGAACACAUAAAGGUGCUGAUGAUAAAGCAUUUAAAUGUGUUUAUCAAGAACAAGACGAUGUCGGUAAAACUGGCGUAUCUUUGUCCAAAGAUCUUAUGGCCAUUGCUGGCGGAGCUCUUAAGACUAAUAUAACAACUUUGGGUCCUCUUGUUUUACCUGUUAGUGAACAGCUUUUGUUUUUUACUACUUUGGUUGUUAAGAAGCUGUUUAAUGCAAAAGCUAAACCUUAUAUACCUGAUUUUAAGUUAGCUUUUGAGCAUUUUUGUAUACAUGCUGGUGGUAGAGCUGUGAUUGAUGAACUUGAGAAAAAUUUACAGCUUUUGCCUAGUCAUGUUGAGGCAUCUAGAAUGACUUUGCAUAGAUUUGGGAACACUUCAUCAAGUUCAAUUUGGUAUGAGUUAGCUUACAUAGAAGCUAAAGGGAGAAUGAGAAAGGGUAACCGAAUUUGGCAGAUAGCAUUUGGGAGUGGUUUUAAAUGUAACAGUGCUGUUUGGCAAGCUAUGAAACAUGUGAAAGCUUCACCUAUGAGUCCAUGGGAAGAUUGCAUCGAUAGGUACCCUGUUGAGAUUGUUACAUAGGAGUGUAUUUCGUUAAUAGUUUUCUAGUAUUCUGAGUCAAAUCAAUUAGAGAAGGGUCUUGCACAUGUAUGAUCUUCAAUUGUUUCCAAAAUUUAUUGUUGGGUCAGUGAUGUUAUUUAGAAGUGUCAGUGUUACUUUGUCCAAACUAGGUUGCUUUGAGUUGUAGUUAUUAUUACUAUUAUUCAACCGUUAUUUAGUGUCAAUAUCAUUGUGGAUUUGUUCAUUCAAAUUUCAAACUACUAUGCAUGCAACAUCA